CCCGGUGUCCCCCGCGGCGGUGCGCGGGGUAGCGGGUGUUGUAGUCGGGCCGCUCUUCUAGUUGGUCCAGCUACAUCCAUUGGCAGGAUGUCGGAGGUGCGGCUGCCGCCGCUACGCGCCCUAGACGACUUCGUCCUGGGGUCGGCGCGUCUGGUGGCCCCGGAUCCGUGCGACCCGCAGCGAUGGUGCCACCGCGUCAUCAACAACCUCCUCUACUACCAAACCAACUAUCUCCUCUGCUUCGGCUUCGGUCUCGCUCUGGCCGGGUAUAUGCGCCCGCUUCACACCCUCCUAAGCGCACUGGUAGUAGUGGUGGCCCUUGGCAUGCUGGUAUGGGCCGCUGAGACCCAAGCAGCUGUGCGCCGAUGCCGCCGUAGCCACCCCGCUGCCUGCCUGGCCACAGUGCUGGUGGUCAGCUUUCUCGUCCUCUGGGCCGUGGGUGGCGCUGGUACCUUCCUGCUCAGCAUUGCUGGGCCAGUGCUUGUGAUCCUGGUGCACGCCUCACUGCGCCUGCGCAACCUCAAGAACAAGAUAGAGAACAAAAUCGAAAGCAUUGGACUCAAGCGGACGCCAAUGGGGCUUCUGCUGGAAGCAUUGGGACAAGAGCAGGAGGCUGGAUCUUAAGGCCCUGGGAUCUGGACCCAAAUACUGGAGAAUACUACCCCCUGCAUACCCAUACUGGGGACCCAGAGCCCUUCCUAGCCUUUACAGAGGUAUCCCGUACCCAGUUCAGAAAGCAGGACAGCUGUGACCCUCUCUCCAAGUCUAAAACUGGGAUAAUAUUCCCUCAUAUCCUUCAUAACCAGUCACUACCUAAGGGAUCUGUCUUCUCUAGCCCUGAGCUUGGGACCCAAAGCCAGUUUGGAGACCAGAGCACCCAUGGCCCAUCUCAAAGCUGACCCAGAGACACUCCUUCCAACCCCAGUUUGGGACCCACUCAUCUCCCAUGCUAGCACCAAAACUGGGAUCUAGGAAAUGGGAGGCUCAAAUCUUGCACCCUGAGCCAAGAGUUUUCUAGACACUACGCCAGCUUUGAAUCCAGGUCAAGGCAUUGCCAAAUCUUGCACCCCAGACCCAGGUGUUCCCAGCUCCCAUCUAGGGGGAAGACUUAGAUAUUCUGACCCCAUUGAACCUUUGGGCCCAGAUGACCCCAACACCAGUACCACUAGCCUCCAGCUGGCUCUGCCAGGGGGUUCUGCCCCUCCCCCAAGCGCCCCGUGCUGAGGACCAAGAGGUGAGGUGGCGUGGCAGUAAGCCAAGGGGUGGGGCAUAUGUAUCAGUGUUGCCGCAACAAUAAAGCUUCUGGCAUUGUUCAAGCCA